GAGUGGGGCGCUGCGUCAAUGUCAGUUUCUUUUUCUUCUCUCGACUAUAUUUCAGUUUAUCUUUUUUGUAGGUAGCUGUGGAAGAGUGGCUGUCCGACAUAAGAUCAAACCUUCCAAACGUUUUAGUCAGUUGUGGGCCAAUAAGCCCCUUUGUCCAGAUUGGAAAAGGUGUGAUGGACCUUUUCUGGCUUCCUGUUGCUGAAUUACGAAAAGAAGAUGGUCAUGUGGUGAAAGGAAUCCAAAAAGGUGUUGGAUCGUUUGGUCUUUCGUCAGCGGCUGGAGUAGUUGGAAUGGCACAGACAGUCGUUGGCGUGAUUCAGAUGCUUGCUGAAUCGGUACUCCGCGAAGUGCAGCCAACAGCUCCAUAUUUGAAUGAACGAAAUCGUCGAGCUGUGGCUGCCAGGGCAGCUGCACCAACUGAUCUUCGCCAUGGAAUGCAGCUAGCGUACGAUAUCGCGUCAGAUGGUUAUCGGCAAACUCGUGACGACCUAGAGUUAGCAGCACAAGAAGAUCGCGCUUCGGGACAGUCGUCUUUCCGUAGCGUACUCAAAGUUGCACCGAAGACUUUUAUCCGUCCUCUUGUUGUCAGCACGCAGAUUGGCUAUCAGCUUUUAGGAGGUCUUCGCGCUCAAUUAAGACCUGAUGUUUAUCAAGAUGAGCGUCAUAAAUGGAAGGAUGAAGAGGUACCUGGUGGUAGCGGACAGCAUUGA